CGUAGCCGGUUUCACUUCGUCGUCGGUUGUGGAGCCGGACCGCUCCGCAGAAUUUCCGUACGCCGCGCUACGAACUACAGGCAGACCAGGCAGUCCGGCAGUCGCCACGUUGGAAGUGUUGACGGUGGUGAAUAAAAUUUACCUGACGUUACCGAAAUUGUAUUUAUAAGGAUUAUUCAUACUGAGCGAAACGAAAGCAAGUAUACAAGAUGAAAGUGAAAGAACUGUUACGCACCGUAAAUGUGGCUUGGUCACCACCUGCCCAACACCCGAUAUUACUAGCGGCAGGAACCGCUGCUCAACAGUUGGAUGCCAGCUUCAGCACAUCAGCUAGCUUGGAUUUAUAUGCUCUUAAUCUACAAGAACCUGGCUAUGACAUGGAACUUAAAGCUUCGAUAUCUAGUGAUCACAGGUAUCACAAGAUCAUUUGGGGACCCUUUGGCAACAAUCCUGCCGGUAUAAUAGUAGGUGGUUGUGAUUAUGGAACAAUAAAAAUUUAUUCAGCGGCUAAGAUGUUAGCUAAUGAAAGCGAUUGCAUCCUCAGUAGCCCUGACAAGCAUACUGGUCCUGUGAGAGCCAUGGAUUUUAAUCCCUUCCAAUCAAAUUUAUUGGCCACAGGAGCUACUGAAAGUGAAAUAUAUAUAUGGGAUCUUGUUAAUACUAGCACUCCAAUGACUCCGGGAACUCGGAGUCAACCUUUGGAAGAUGUCCAGUACAUUGCAUGGAACAAGCAAGUGCAACACAUUCUUGCUUCCACCUUCUCUCAGAGAUGUGUGAUUUGGGACCUACGGAAAAAUGAGCCAAUAAUUAAGCUCAACGAUGCAAACUCAAGGGUUCGGUGGAAAGUAGUACAGUGGCAUCCAGAUGUUGCGACACAGUUAUGUCUUGCAUCAGAGGAUGAUCAGAGCCCGAUAAUUCAGCUUUGGGAUCUCAGAUUUGCCACAUCACCCCUAAAAACUUUGGAGGGUCAUCAGCGGGGUGUUCUUUCAAUUGCUUGGAAUUUACACGACCCUGAUCUUCUGGUUAGCUGUGCCAAAGACAAUAGAAUACUUUGUUGGAAUCCAAACUCAACGGCAACUAAUGGAGAGGUACUUUGUGAGUUGGCACAAACAAAUCAGUGGAACUUUGAUGUCUCUUGGUGUCCACGCAAUCCUGCAUUAGUAGUUGGCAGUAGUUUUGAUGGUCAUGCAGUGGUGUACUCACUCUUGGGUGGUCAACCACAAGUUUCAAGUGAAACAUCGAACAAGAUUGCUGAUUCAUUUCCUGGAAUGGAUGCCUUUGCUCAGGCACCGCCAUUGCUGCAAAAUGAAUCAACGGUAGAUCUGAAAAAAGCUCCUAAAUGGCUAAAAAGACCUGUUGGAGCUUCAUUUGGUUUUGGUGGAAAGCUGACAUUAUUUGAAAAUGACCCACCUAAUUCGAACGGUCGAAUCAUUAUAUCACAAGUAAUAACUGAUCCAGAAUUAAUUCACCGAUCAAAUCACUUGGAAGCUGCACUCCAAAAUGGACAGUUUAGUGAUUUUUGCAAAGGGAAAGCUGAUACUGCAAUCGAUGAUCAUAAUCGUAAAGUAUGGAGUUGUUUGGGUGCACAUUUUGGAGAUAAUAUCACUGGAGAUAUAUUAGAAUUAUUAGGAUAUGAUUCGCAAUCGAUUAACACAAAGCUUAGCAAGUUUGUACCUGAAGAUCAAACUGAAUCGAGCACGGAACUGAAUCAAUUGAAUAACGUUUCUAAUGGCAAUGUAACUGAUGGAAGUGCAGCAUUUGAUGCGAUUGCACAACAAGAGCAGAUAAGACAAUCUCCAGCUUCGGUCAAGCCUAUUGAAACCAACUUCAAACUCAAUACUGGAGAUGAUGAAGAAGGACUCAUCACUCAGGCAAUUCUACUUGGAAAUAUUGAAGCUGCCGUUUCUCUUUGCUUUACGAAUAAGAGAUAUGCAGAUGCAGUUAUUUUAUCAAUGGCUGGAGGACCUGACUUACUCGCUAAAACGCAAUACAGAUAUUUUUCGGAGCAUUCCAGUGCUCUUAAUUCUCUUAUAAAUUCACUGGUUAGUGAAGACUGGGGUGAUAUUGUCAGAAAUUGUGAUAUCAAGUGUUGGAAAGAAGCAUUGGUGGGAGUUUUCACACAUUCCAAUCCCAUAGAGCGUUCAGCCCUUUGUGAUGUGCUCGGUGAUCGAUUGGUAUCUAGUGGUGAUCCAAUCUUCAAACGAGAGUCUCAGUUUUGUUACAUUUGUUCUGGAAACUUAAACAAAAUGAUCGAAGCAUCAGAAGAAAAGGUUCAAGAAGUUGUGGAGUUAGUAACUAUCAUGCAGAAGGUUUUAGAAGCGCAAGGAAACAUAGAUGUUAAAAUAGAAGGAAAUGCGGCUGUCCUACUAUCUCAAUAUGCUGAAAUGUUGGCUGCAGAAGGCAAUCUAGAAGCUGCUUUAAUUUAUCUCGGUAACAGUCAAGAAGCCAGAAUCGCGGCUCUGAGAGAUCGCCUCUGUAAAGCCUUAGGGUAUAUUCAACCGACUGCGCAGCAAGCACAACCCAGAGCAUCAAUACCAGAUCAACAGACUUACUACAGCCAAUCCAGAAGAUCCACUCAGCCUAUGCUUCCUCCACAACAAGCAUACGAUCCUUCACAUGCAGCAAUACCACAAAAUAAUUGGAACACAACACCCACUAAACAAAUAUAUGGACCUGGUACAAAUCAAUUUGGGGGUCCACAAUCAGGCCAAUUUGGAGCGAUACCAAAUCAAUCUAUUCAAUCAACAUUUGCUGAUCAAUAUGCACCACAAACUUACGGGCAGCAACCAGCUGUACCUGCGGUUCAACCUCCACCGCCACCACCCUCAAUAGGAUCAAAUCCCACUGGGUCUAGACCUUCAAGUGUCGGUCCACAAGCUCGUUCAAAGUACAUUCUCGACCCAUCUGUAAAAACAAGUUCCUUUGGAAGUCCAUAUGGCAAUCAAAAUUCUUUUGCUCCUACACUUCAGACGUAUAACAAUCAGCCACAAUCUCAAGUUCCACCUGUGCAAGGGUUUUCCCAACAAAACUCUUUUCCGGUGCAACCUACUGUGUCACCAAAUUUUUAUUCCAAUCAACAAAAUCCAGUGCUUAAUCAACCAGCAACCAGCCUGUCCAAGCCUUCACAACCUGAUAUAAUGAAUCCUAUGCAAAAUACUGCUCAAACGUCCAUGUACAACCCUGUUAGUGCGCAACCACAACCACCACCAACUCAAACAUACAGUAACGAAAUCAGUUAUCAACACAAUUCGCAACAGUCUGGCUGGAACGACCCUCCAAAUGCAAAUACUAGUCGUGUACAGGCAAGAGCAGACUCCUUUCAACCACAAACUCCAAUCUUACACCCAAUUUUCGGGAGCAAUCCACAACAGGAACCAGUUCCUAAUUUAAUUGCACAAGAAGGUGUUUACUCUAAUUCCCACUUACCUUAUGGACAGCAGCAACAAUAUGGUCCACCUCAACAUUUUCCAUCACAGUUCAACCCACCUGUUGAAUCAAUACAACCUGUGCAGUCCGCCAGGAUUGCUGAACCUGAGAAACCAAAACUACCAAUACCAGAGGAACAUGUACACUUGAAAACUGUGUUAGAUGAAGUCAGAACUCAGUGUUACAACAAUGCGAAGAAUCCGCAAAUCAAACGAAAGAUAGAAGAAGUAUCGAGAAAACUGGAAGUUUUGUAUGAUUGCCUUCGAGAAAAUAAGUUGUCCCCAAGUACUCUGUCUUCUCUUCAUCAAAUGUCUGAAAUGAUACAGAGCGGGAAUUAUACCGGUGGAUUGGCACUUCACACACAACUUGUUUCCGGGCCAGAUUUUAGUCAGAUAGCCUCAUUUAUGCCUGGGCUGAAAGUUCUGUUGCAAAGUGCUUUGCAACUUGGUGUAUACAUCAGAUAGGCCAAAUCUAUAGUUCAAAUAAUAAAUUUAUGCAUUCGUUAUGGGUUUAAUUUGUAAAAAAAUGGCACCCAGGUUCGAGAACGUGAAUAUAAUCAUUUUUUCAGAACAUCCCUAGUUCUAGUACGUGUAGGCAUUUUCAUCAUAAUUCUUAAGACAUCAGACUGAUUUUAUACCGAUAUUGAAGAGUUCGAAUUGAAUCACAGAAAUCGAUUUGAUGGCUUGAAUUUGUAACAAAGCUUAUGCUUAAUUUUAUACGUACUUGAUAUUUCAAAGUAUAAUAUUCAAUACUACUUUAGGAAGCACCAGUAAUUUAUAACACCCUGAUGACGUUUUUAUCUGGAAAAAAACCGUGAAAAAUCAAACAAAUAUAUUUACCAGACUUCAACACACAUUUGGUUCAUUUCAAAUUUGCUACAUAUGUACAAUACAAUCGAUUUCUAAGAUAUAAGUACCAUUUAAUACCAAUCUCGUAAAUACAACAGCAUGAAAAUUAUUAGAAUUUUAAAUACAGAAUUUGAACCAAUGGGUUUAGAAGGCAUCAACUAAGUGUUGAAAUAAUCCUUUAUCACUCUGUUAAUUAUAAUUUUUAAUGAACGCUACAUUCAAAUCUAAAACGAUCUGAAAGAAAAUGUAGGGCUCACUGGUUGCGAACUACUACUUCAGUCCCGAGCUAUCUUCUCGUCAAUUUGUAAUAACUUGAACAUGGGAAGUAUUAACCUCAAGAGUAUUA